GGGCAUGAGAAUGCUUACCUCACGGCAGCUUUUGGAAUAGAUCCAUAGAGCAGAGAGCUCAGACCCCUGUACAGACCCUUCACACCAUGACCGUGCACUGUCUGCUUCACACAGUCAACUGUGCAAGAGGACAGAACCACACAGAAGAUUGUUCUUGCGUGGAUCCCCUGCAGCUGAGAUGGCACGAUGGCUGUUCCUCCAGCUUACUCCGAUCUGGGCAAAGCAGCCAAAGACAUCUUCGUCAAGGGUUACGGUUUUGGAAUUGUUAAAUUGGACCUCAAGACUAAAUCUCAGAAUGGAGUGGAGUUCAACACAUCUGGAUCCAGUAACACAGAUACAGGAAAAGCAGGUGGGAGUUUGGAGACCAAAUAUAAGAUGAAGGAUCUGGGAUUGAGUUUGAACCAGAAGUGGAACACAGACAACAUGCUCAGUACAGAGGUGUCUGUGGAAGACCAGCUUGCAGAGGGGUUGAAAGUGGCUUUGGAUACGUCCUUUGUACCAAACACAGGCAAGAAGAGCGGUAAACUGAAGACCAGCUACAAGCGUGAUUUUGUCAACCUGAGCUGUGACAUUGAUUUCGAGGGUCCAGUUGUGCAUUCUUCAGCUGUUCUGGGCUAUGAAGGAUGGCUGUUGGGAUAUCAGAUGGCCUUUGACACGGGAAAGUCCAAACUGGUGCAGAACAACUUUGCUCUGGGCUACAAGGCCGGAGACUUUCUGCUUCACACCAGCGUUAAUGAUGGAGCAGAGUUUGGAGGAUCUGUCUAUCAGAAAUUAAACGAUCAGUUGGAGACCGCCGUGACUUUAGCCUGGACUGCUGGCAGCAACAAUACACGCUUCGGAGUCGCUGCAAAGUACCAGCUGGAUAAAGAUGCUUCUUUAUCUGCCAAAGUGAACAACACCAGUUUGAUUGGAGUUGGUUACACUCAGAGCCUACGACCGGGAGUAAAUCUCACACUCUCGGCUCUCAUUGAUGGAAAAAACUUCAACACUGGUGGACACAAGGUUGGACUGGGCUUUGAACUCGAAGCGUAGCUGCCGUAAAACAAAGACAAGAGACCCCUCACGAAAUUAUUUGACUACCCCUCCUACAUCACACACUUGCACUUGACGACUUAAAUACUUAGCAGCAUGUAGGUGAUUACUGAUUUUUGCAAGUAUGGUGGAAACUGAAUGAUGCGAUCUCAACCAACUGUAAGAUCUGGCCUUCUAAUGGGAAAAUGUGUUGGGAACCACAUUUAUUAUGUUUAGAAAUGAUAAUGAGGCCAGUAUUUGUAGAGAGCACCUGCAACAAACCAAACUACACGAGUAGCGAUAGAUUUGUGAGCGUGGUAUGUACUACACUGCAAAAAAUCAUUUUAAUCAUCUAAAUCAGUAUUUUUUUAUUGUUUUCCAAUGAAAACAUUCUUAAAACAAGAUACAUUUACUUUGUGUGAGAUAAUAAGACUUAUUUACGCAUAUUGUUCUUACGUAUGGUAAAUAAACUUAGCUUACUCUAUUUUGCUUCUCAAGUAAAUGUAUCUUGUUUUGAACAUAUAUAGAUAAUUAUUACUGGAAAAAUAUGCACAAAUUCUGAUGAAGAAAAACAUAUUUUUGCAGUGAUUUUAGACAUUUUUAGUUUUUUGGGGUGAUGGCAUUGUCAGUAUUUUGUGCAUGCUAAGACCCUUGCGUUUGAUUAAGUGCUUUGAUAAGUGAAAGCAAGAAAUUGCAUUGCAGUUGAAAUGGUUAUUUCUCCUAAAUGAUAUCUGUCUGGGCCCUGCAAUCACACUACCACGCCUCAUGAGGAUGACAUUGCACUUCUUGGUUUAUACCUUGGUUACACCAAUGUUCACAGGAAACCAAAGAGACAGGAUGUGUAUUUUUAGUGCUUGCAACACUUUCUUACACUCCCAUUGAUGGUUAGAGAAUGACUCUGCACUGAGAAAAUGCUCUUAACCUGCAAACCACAUCAAACAUUUACUGCUGUUUGAGUGAGCACUUUCAGUAAUAUUUUGGUUUCAUAUGAGUCGAACACUGUAUGGGCACAGAUAUCUAUGCAUUGUACAUACCAAUUGCUUUUUUCAUGCUAUAGGGUCUCAUUAAUGAAAUACUAAUUUCGUUUGUGAACACAUUCAAUUUAUUCCGAUUUACACAGAAAUUCAUGCUGCUCGUGUUUCACAAAUGACGGCCCUUAUUAUUAUGGCACUAAUUUUACUUUUAUCCUCAAAAUGUUGCAGUACCUCAUUUGUCCAGUUAAAAUGGACAAAUUCUAAUAAAUGACAAAAACAGUA